AUUUGCCAUCCAUUUGGGAGCGAGGGUAGGGGGGGUGUUCUCGGCGCUGCACCGGUCCCCGCGCAUCCACGCGGCUCCAACCGAUCGCACGAGUCGCAGCAGAGAAGAGAGAAGACGGGACGAUCGAUCUUUCUGCACGUGAUUGGUUCCGGUGUGUAAAGGUGAGUUUCUGGUGGAUGUUUCGGCUCGCAGUUCAGGGCACCACCACCGAAGCCUUGAUUCGAAUUAAAAGCCGGCGUCGCCUGCUCCACGGCUUGAACUCUAGAACGGAGUCAACAAUUAGGGGCACUGGAUUUCUUGUUAUCGGUUAGGUGGGCGACAAAAGCAAAAGGGGGAAGGAACAAAGAACCGCACUGUUGUGGUUCGAUGUGCAUAUGUACUGGUGCUGCAACUGAUGGAGAAGGUGAAAAUUUUCCAACUUACCACCAGCUUGGUUUUGGUUAAAAGAGCUUGUGGUGAAAGGAAACAGUAGGGGUACCAUUUUAUUUCCGAAGUUGACUUCUUUAUUGGUCAGUUUCCUUCAGUCUGAAGAAUGUCUUGUGGUAGAACAAUAAGAAGUCCUGUAUGGUAGGAAGGAAACUUAGCAACUUUUUGAUGGCAGGACUGGAGGACGGGGAAACAUUGGUAGAGGGGAAAUAAAUUGAGUGAAUAAUUGGAGGGUAUGACAUCCGUGGAUGUCAUACGUGGCGAGGAGCACUAGUGCUAAUUGUUUCAUCAGCCAACUGGUGGUGCAGCCCUUGAUCGGAUUUGUGGCAGAAUAAACCACCUAGAGAAAGUUGUAUCUUGUAUUUUGCUUCUUUUUUGGCUGUAAGAAGAAGUGAAAGGAAUACCUACCUGCUUUCGAGUCAUCCUUUUGGUGGACGGAGUAUUCUUUAGCCAGGACUGAAGAAGAUAAGGGCACAGGGGAUUCAAUAUGUUCAUGUGUGGAAUUCUGACUUGACAACUGGAGUUCACUUUUCACAAGGUUUGUCUUUUAGGCUGGAAGAGGUCUGAAUAGUUUCUGAAGUUUUCUUAGUCUGUAUGCUUUUAUCUGGAUUUGCCAAGUUGUGUGGACUCUUUUUAAUUGAAUUAAUCCCUGCCUGAUCCAGUGCCUACAAGUUCACUUCUAUUUUUUAAACAUUUUCUUGGGGCAGAAUAAUACUUGGAAAUCUUACUGCAAGUGCUUCUUGGAUGGACUGGGUUGCAAAAAACCCAUUCCAGUGGGAUUGGGAAACUCUGGACUUAUUCUGUGGAAAAGAGGGUGAAAUUUAUAAAUCUGCACAAGAACCUGAGUUGAAGAUUGAAGGUGGCAUGGGUAUUUGCAAUGGAUUUUUAUGUUCAUCUGGUGGUGGUGCCUCCUCCGUUCUACAAUUGGGAAAUCGUUCAUCCAAAAGCUCCAUCUCUGCAUCCAUCGAUUCUUUGUCUAAGGCAGAAAAAGGAAAUUCGGACUUCAAUUAUGAUUCAGCUGAAAGGGAUGUUAACAGCUCGAGCAAGAUUAUCUUAGCAAGAGUUGAAGGUUUUGGAACUUCACCGGUACCCUUGGCUGCAGGACGCCCUAAGGAACCAGUUACUGGUUUGAAGCUUGGAAGGACCUUCUUUGAAGAUGGUGGUGCAGAGAAUAACAUCAAGAGCUCAUCUUCCUCUGCUUCUAUGAUCUUGUCUACUGCUGUAGCUAAGAAAUCUAGGGUAUCUCCACAGAAUUUACAAAGCCCUAAAUGCCAGGUAGAAGGUUGUAAUGUUGACCUUACCACAGCUAAAGAUUAUCAUCGCAAACAUCGAGUCUGUGAAAGCCAUUCAAAGUCCCCCAAGGUAAUUGUAGCAGGCCGGGAGCGCCGAUUUUGUCAACAGUGUAGCAGGUUCCAUGGUUUGUCUGAGUUUGAUCAGAAAAAGCGAAGUUGCCGUAGGCGUUUAUCUGAUCAUAAUGCACGUCGCAGGAAGCCACAACCAGCAACAAUCUCAUUCAGUUCUUCAAGGCUUUCUUCGUCAUAUUAUGAUGGUAGGCAUCAUAUGAAUCUUGUUUUUGGUGGAAAUCCUCUGGGUCAUGGCAUGACCAGUUCACCAUUGGAAGAUGACCCAAGCAGCUUCAAGCUUAUUCAACCUAAACACUCUUGGAUAAAGUCAAAUAAAGCAGGAGACGUCAAUGGGCAGCUGCAAUUUUCUAGCACAUGUCAAACACAUAAUAUUUCCACCCUUCACCAUGACUUGAACAGGCUCUUGCCAUUUAAGGGCACCACUGCCGAGGUCCUCAAUCAAGGUCUGGAAGCACCUGUUUUUGCUUCUAGUUUGGGUGGAGCACCGGAUCUUCGGCGUGCUCUCUCUCUUCUGUCAAAUAAUUCUUGGAGUUCAGCUAACCCAGGACCAAGUUCUAAUGUCAAGUUUGUGAACACUCAUCCUGCAGCAAAUACAAUUGAUUCAACUGCAGGGUUUCUGCAGGUUGAGCAGCCUAUCGGACCACAAUCAACAAUGUUGCCAUUCAACCUGCAAAACCAUAAUGGUCAGUUCCAGGAGUUUCAGCUGCUCAAAGCACCCUACCAGGCUUCUUUCUUUGACUUCACACAGAUCCACUGAUGUCUGUGAUCUGAUGGUCAUGGCAUCGGCUUUGAAUCCAAUGUGAUACUUCUGCCUGUCCAAUAUGUUCUCGCUGUCCUUACCGGACUGAUUAACUCCAGAUGCUUGCAAUUUCUUACCAAUAAUCCUUCUGUGCCGUUGACUUUGAUACCAUCAUCCGGUGAAUGAUCUUAAGUUUUAGGCUUCCUUUCCCUUUCUUGCUGGAAAUGCAAGCAUGUCGAUCUCAUCGCAUCCCAUUCCUUGGCAAAUUAUUGUGUCGUCAAAGAAGCUUUCUCUGCACCGUCCGUUAAGAAUCGGUUGCACUUUAAUAAGUGAAGUUUCUUUUGAUCUAUUUAUGGUUAUUACUCAAUGAUGAUGAUUGAUACUAAAUUUUCAUAAUUGAGCAUAUCUGAUACUCCACUCA